AUGGCCGAGCCAAGGCCUUAUACCUCAAAAGGGCCUCCUAUGGACUCCUCCGUAUCUCUUCCGACUUCUUCGGUGCACGUACAGGACGGUGGAGAGAAAGGCUCCUCUAAUAAUGAUGUAGAGCUCAAGUAUGAGUAUCCUACAGGCCUGUCACUCACCUUGAUUCUCACAUCAGUUACCCUGGCCUAUUUCCUAUUUUUUCUCAACCUUGCCGUGAUCCUUACGGCCACACCAACCAUUGCGUCCCAAUUUGACUCCCUAGUGGACAUUGGCUGGUACGGCGGUGCCUACCAGCUUAGAAGCGCAGCAUUUCAACCUUUGAGCGGCAAAAUCUACAGCUAG